AAUAUAAACAAUUCUCAGUUCACACUUUUAUCAAAUGAAAAAGAUAGAGAGAAAAAGAAUGGGAAAAAAUUUCAAGCUUCGGUUCUCCAGGGUUAUUGCUUCCUUCAAUUCCUGCCGUUCCAAAGACCCUUCUUCUCUUCCCCAAAAUCCUAAUUUCUUCCCACAUACUAAUAAUAAGCUCGUCUCCCCCAAUUUCCCUCUUAUUAAUCAAAAUCCUCGAAAUUACGUGCCGGAAUCCAUGAUGAUCUCCGUUGGCUGUGGGUUUAAUUCACGCUGUUCACAAGAUCAAUUCAAAUGGAAGAAAGAAGAGAAGUUUCACGUGGUUUCCAGUUCCUUCUUCUCUGAAGAAGAAGAGGAGGAGGAGGAGAUCAAUUUGGCCUUACGACCCCCUACUACUCCUCCGCAAUUCAGUAAUUUUGAGAAGAAGAAGAAGAAACGGGGAGUUAAAAAGACGAAAACAAAGGGAAGAACGAACAGAAUAAGCACCUCCUCUGCUGAGGAGUACAGCGGGAUUUUAAGCGGUACUGAUCAAACUUUGGAUAAUUAUAACGAAGAUGAGGAAACUGAAACUUUAGUUUCAUCUUCUAGAAGCUGCUUCGAUUUCUCAACAGAUGACUCAUCUACUGAUUUCAACCCUCACUUGGAAACCAUAUGUGAGACCACUACAAUGAGGCGUCGUCACAAAAGGAACACCACCACAAAGAAGAAACUCAAGCAUUCCAGACCAAGUUUCUCCUCUUCAAAAGGUAGAAGAUCAUCAGUUUCUACGUCAUCGGACAGUGAGUUACCAGCGAGGUUAUCGGUGUUUAAGAAGCUGAUACCAUGUAGCGUGGAUGGGAAAGUGAAGGAGAGCUUCGCGAUCGUGAAGAAAUCGCAGGACCCAUACGAAGAUUUCAAGAGGUCAAUGAUGGAAAUGAUUUUGGAGAAGGAAAUGUUUGAGAAGAAUGAGCUUGAACAGCUUUUACAAUGCUUUCUGUCGUUGAACGGAAAGCAUUAUCAUGGAGUGAUCGUUGAGGCUUUCUCCGAUAUUUGGGAGACUUUGUUUUUAGGUAAUAAUGAUAGAGUAAGGAGGAUGUCAAUUCAUGAUCCCCACCCACCUAUUGUAGGCAGAAGAACAACGUCCCUUUGAUUAAUCCAUGUCGGUAAUCAUGAUUUAGUCGUUAAUUAAUAAAUUUAACUUUUCUUUUAUGUUGUUAA